GGGCCCGCCGUCUGGGGCGGCGCCGAGGGCGGGCAGCGGCCCGGCCUGGGGCCGCGGGAACCCUCGGCGGGCUGUCCGUCUGGGCCCAGCCCGAAGCCGCCCUCGGCUUCCCGCUGCCGCCCUCGGCUUCUGGACCGCUGACAUUUGGCGGGAUUUUGGAGGACCUGGACGUGGACCUUGGGACCCUUGCCGGCAUCUUUCAGAAGCCUCCCUGCCCCGUGCAGGCCGCAGGGGUGACCCCAGGGCCUCGCCCAGGCUCUACCCGACCUUCCUGCUCUAGGCCCGUACUAGACCCUCAUCCCACGCUGGCGCCGGCCGCCUCCCAGCAGCCCCCUUUCGUAGACGAGGACGCUGAGGUCAGAUAGGUGAACUAAGUUGUUUGAGGUCGGCUGGUAAGCGGCCAGGUGGGGCCUGGAAUCUGGUCAAGCCUCGGCACUUGGCUGCUCUGCCCCCGUCGGCAGGGGAUGAAGGUUUCCUGGGGGCAGCUUCACUGGGCGAGGCGCCCGGAGUAGGCAUGGUGGCCUCACACGGCUCCCUUCUCAGCUGGCUCUCGGCUGGGGCCUCGGUUUGCUUGGGCCUGCCACUAGCCGAGUGUAGGCGGCUAAGCAGCGGGGCAGCGGGGCAGCCCUGCCUGACCUGUUGAAGCUGGCCAGUGAUGCUAGAAGGGACAGGCGUGCUUCUGUCCCCGCCCCGGGCCCUUCCUCUUGGAGCCAUUUGCUUGUGAUGGUCUUGUCUCUCCCCUGCUGCUGAGAGUCACUGAGGUGUCUCCGGCUUGGGUGGGGGAGGGUGUCCUCCGGGAGAGUGGAAAGUGGGCUGGACCCUCAGUGUCCUCAGUGCUCACCUUGCAGGCCAGUGGGGGGUUGUAAGGGGUGGUGCCUUAGGGUACUGACCCGGCAGCAGGUGUGAGAUGCCCGGAGGCCUGGUGGGGGGUGGGGACCCCAGCGUACAGCAGGACGUAUUAUGAGCGGGGGACCCAAUUAAACUUGGUGCCUGACCGCACGCUGGGCUGGCAGUGGGAAGCUUGGAGGCCCUGCUCUGCCCGUCUUCUGAGACCUAUCCGUGCGUUGAUGUGACAGGGGCCCAGGCAGGUGUGUGCCCUGACGUUUCCGCCUUUGUUUGGCUGCACUUAAACCUGGGUUCUGCGCCCUGGGGACAGGUUGGCACUUAACGUUCCUGAAAGUGCAGCUGAAAAAUGGCUCGCCCUGGGUUACCCUGAGAUGUUCUUUGUGGCUCCCAGGGGUCAGCUCGUAGCCACAGGGUGAAGGAAGUCAAGAGAGGAGCGCUGUGGCUCCAAGGGGCCCUGCAGUGGCCUGCCCUCCAGCGCCAAGCCCAGGGGGGUCGCUCACCAAGCUGGCCUACUACUCCACCGUGCAGCACAAGGUUGCCAGAGUGCGCUCCUUCGAGUCCUCGGGCAGGGACACAGAGCAGGACCACGAGCCGCCCUACGAGAUCUCAGUCCAGGAGGAGGUCACUGCCCGGCUGCAUUUCGUCAAGUUCGAGAACACCUACAUAGAAGCUUGUCUGGACUUCAUCAAAGACCACCUCGUCAACACUGAGACCAAGGUCAUCCAGGCCACCGGGGGCGGGGCGUACAAAUUCAAGGACCUCAUUGAAGAAAAACUGCAGCUGAAAGUGGACAAGGAGGACGUGAUGACCUGCUUGAUAAAGGGCUGCAACUUCGUGCUGAGGAACAUCCCACACGAGGCCUUCGCAUAUCAGAAAGAUUCCGACCCUGAGUUCCGAUUCCAGACCAAUCACCCCGACAUUUUCCCGUACCUUCUGGUCAACAUCGGCUCUGGAGUGUCCAUUGUGAAGGUGGAGACGGAGGACAGGUUCGAGUGGGUUGGCGGCAGCUCCAUUGGAGGUGGCACCUUCUGGGGACUCGGGGCUCUGCUCACCAAAACAAAGAAGUUUGACGAGCUGCUGCAUCUGGCCUCCAAGGGCCAGCACACAAGUGUGGACAUGCUGGUGCAGGACGUGUAUGGGGGUGCCCACCAGACCCUGGGGCUGAGCGGCGACCUCAUCGCCAGUAGCUUCGGGAAGUCGGCCGCUGCCGACAAAGAGUUCUCCAAGGAGGACAUGGCCAAGAGCCUGCUGCACAUGAUCAGCAAUGACAUCGGGCAGCUCGCCUGCCUGUACGCGAAGCUGCACUGCUUGGACAGGGUGUACUUCGGCGGCUUCUUCAUCCGGGGCCACCCCGUCACCAUGCGCACCAUCACCUACAGCAUUAACUUCUUCUCCAAGGGGGAAGUCCAGGCGCUGUUCUUGAGACACGAAGGCUACCUGGGAGCCAUCGGAGCGUUUCUCAAAGGAGCAGAACAAGACAACCCCAACCAGUACAGCUGGGGAGAAAACUAUGCCGGCAGCUCCGGGCUGAUGAGCUCAUCCCCGGAGCUCUGCCCAACACAGCGGGUGAGGAGCGGCACUUUCGACCUUCUGGAGAUGGACCGGCUGGAGAGGCCGCUGGCCAACCUGCCACUCCUUCUGGACCCGUCCUCCUACGUGCCCGACACGGUCGACCUCACGGACGACGCCCUGGCCCGCAAGUACUGGCUCACCUGCUUCGAGGAGGCCCUGGACGGGGUGGUGAAACGCGCCGUGGCCAGCCAGCCAGGCUCCGUGGACGCAGCCGAGCGGGCGGAGAAGUUCCGGCAGAAAUACUGGCGCAAGCUGCAGACGCUGCGACACCAGCCGUUUGCUUACGGGACGCUGACCGUGCGCAGCCUUCUGGACACGAGGGAGCACUGUUUGAAUGAGUUCAACUUCCCGGACCCCUACUCCAAAGUCAAGCAGAAGGAAAACGGGGUCGCACUGAAGUGUUUCCCGAGGGUGAUCCGCUGUCUGGACGCCUUGGGCUGGGAGGAGAGGCAGCUGGCCCUGGUGAAAGGCUUGCUGGCGGGGAACGUCUUCGACUGGGGAGCGAAAGCCGUCUCUGACGUCCUUGAAUCUGACCCCCAGUUCGGCUUUGAGGAGGCCAAGUCGAAGCUGCAAGAGCGGCCGUGGCUCGUGGACUCCUACGGCAAGUGGCUUCAGAGACUGAAGGGGCCCCCUCACAAAUGUGCCUUAAUUUUCGCAGAUAACAGUGGAAUAGACGUCAUUUUGGGAGUCUUCCCCUUUGUCAGGGAGCUUCUCUCUAGAGGGACGGAGGUCAUCCUGGCGUGCAACUCGGGACCCGCCUUGAAUGACGUGACAUACUGUGAGUCCCUCAUCGUGGCUGAGCGCAUCGCGGCCAUGGACCCCGUCGUCCACUCGGCGCUCAAAGAGGAGAGGCUACUGCUGAUGCAGACGGGCUCCAGCUCCCCGUGUCUGGACCUCAGCCGCCUGGACAAGGGGCUGGCCGUGCUGGUCCGGGAGCGAGGCGCAGACCUGGUGGUGAUCGAGGGCAUGGGCCGCGCCGUGCACACCAACUACUAUGCGGCCCUGCGCUGCGAGAGCCUCAAGCUGGCCGUGAUCAAGAACUCCUGGCUGGCCGAGCGGCUGGGCGGCCGGCUCUUCAGCGUUAUCUUCAAGUACGAGGUCCCGGCCGAGUGAGGCGCCCGCCCCGCCACCCUCCUCCGCUCGUCGGGAACGUACUUCGACCACAACAGGGAGACCGAGUUCCGAUCGGAAUAUUUAUGUCGCGCGCCUGUGACUGAGAGCCGGGUGCGCCCGGGUGGGAGCGUGGGCGCGUGUGGCAUCGGGGUCCCUACGAUGCUGCCGCGUCCGUGGCGGGAGACGCAACUCUGUCCUGUGAGACAUUCGUAUUGGAAUAUAUUUAACUGUUAAAUAAUCUUUUAUAUAUAUAUAUAUACAUAUGUACGUAUAGAUAUAAAUAUAUGCACAUGUCUCCAACAGGUCA